AUGAGCGAGUGUUUGAAAUUUCAAAAACCAAACAUAGAGUGUAUGGACUAUGCAAUUAUUUCUCACAAUAUUGAUUUUGUUACAUUCUUGAUGAAUGAAUACAAUUUAGCGAUCGAUUUAAAAUAUUGCACAGAUCAUAAUAAUCUUGAAUCAUUAUUAGUUUACUUCGAUCGAACUAAUGAUAUUAACGUAUGUUUUAUUUAUUCAGUUUUGCUUAAUAUUCCUUCACUUUACGAAUACUAUCUUUCUCUUGGAGCAAAUAUUAAUGAAAAAAUUGAUUUCGAUAAGACAGUUCUUCAUAUUGCUGCAGAAAAAAAUUGGAGCGAAACAGUUGAACAUCUCCUUUCACUUGGAGCAAAUAUCAAUGAAAAAGGCAAUUACGGAAGAAUAGCUCUUCAUCUUGCAGCAUUUAGAAAUGGUAAAGAAACAAUCCUACUUCUUAUUUCACAUGGUGCAAAUAUCAAUGAAAAAGAUAAUUUUGGAGAAACCGCUCUUCAUAUUGCAGUAAAUAAUAAUAGUAAAGAUACAGCUGAACUUCUUAUUUCACAAGGCGCAAAUGUCAAUGAAAAAGAUUAUGACCAAAAAACAGCUCUUCAUAAAGCAGCAAUAUAUAAUAAUAAAGAAAUGGCCAAACUUCUUCUUUUGAAUGAUGCAAAUAUCAAUGAAAAAGAUAAACAGGGAGAAACUGCCCUUUACUGCGCAGUAUUAAAAAAUAAUAAAGGAAUAGUCGAACUUCUUCUUUCACAUGGAGCAAAUGUUAAUGAAAAAAAUAAUGAUGGAAACGCAGCUCUUCAUAUUGCACCAUCUUAUAAUAGCGAAAUUGUUGAAAUUCUUCUUUCAUAUGGUGCAAAUGUUAAUGAAAAAAAUAACGAUGGAAAUACAACCCUUCAUAUUGCAACACGCCUUAGUAAUAGAGAAAUAAUCAAGGUCCUUAUUACACAUGGAGCAAAUGUUAAUGGAAAAAAUAAAGAUGGAGAAACAGUUCUUCAUUUUGCAUCAUCUCGUAAUAAUAAAGAAACCGUUGAACUUCUUCUUUCAUAUGAUGCAAACAUCAAUGAAAAAGAUAAAAAUGAAAAUACAGCUCUUCAUAUUGCAACACGCCUUCGUAAUAACGAAAUAAUCAAUGUCCUUCUUUCACACGGUUCAAAUGUCAAUGAUAAAAAUAAAGAGGGGGAAACAUCACUUCACACUGCAGCAUUCAAUAAUAGUAAAGAAACGGCCCAAUAUCUUCUUUCGCAUGCGGCAAAUAUCAAUGAAAAAGACAAAGGUGGCAAUACGUCUCUUCAUAAGGCAGCAUUAAAUAAUAGUAAAGAAACAGUCGAGCUUCUUGUUUCAUAUGGUGCAAAUAUCCAUGAAACAAAUAAACGCGGAGAAACAGCUCUUCACUUUGCAGUAUUAAAAAAUAAUAAAGAAAUAGUUGAAAUUCUUCUUUCAUAUGGUAUCAACAUCAAUGAAAAAAAUAAUGAUGGAAACACAGCUCUUCAUAUUGCAUCAUCUUAUAAUAGCGAAAUAGUUAAACUUCUUCUUUCACAUGGUGCAAAUGUUAAUGAAAAAAAUAAUGAUGGAAAUACAGCUCUUCAUAUUGCAUCAUCUCGUAAUAAUAAAGAAACUGUUAAACUUCUUCUUUCAUAUGGUGUUGACAUCAAUGAAAAAAAUAAUGGUGGAAACACAGCUCUUCUUAUUGCAACAUGCCUUAGUAAUUGCGAAGUAUUCAGGACUCUUCUUUCACAUGGUGCAAAUUCGAAUGUAAAAAAUAAUGCAGGAGAAUCAGCUUUAGAUUAUUUUGAAUUCAUGAAAAUCUAA